CGCAGUUUAAUGACGUCGCGUUUAGCCUGCAACUUCAUCACUGUAGUAUUUUAUGUUUCAUGUGAAAGUUAAGCUCUUCAGUGGAUGUACAGUUCGGAGUCGUGGUUCCAGUAAAGCUUCUGGUGUGAAGUGGCCCCUGCUGUGAUGCCUUCAGCCAUGUCUCAGAUUAGUGAUCCAAAGAUCGCUUUUGCUUACCUUCGCCCAGCCUGUGUCCUGCUCACCCGAGAGCCCACUGUGACUAAUGUAGAGACUUUGAACAGCCAAUUGAAAGAAGUCAAUGAUGCAACAUUGCAGCAGCUCCAAGAGUAUGUCCUCUUCCCUCUUCGCUUUGUCCUUAAAGUCCCUGGACCAAGGCAGGACAAGCUGGUGCAGGCUGUGGCCGAAGCCAUGAGCCACGUUUUGGAGAACACUUGUGUCCAGAGCUGGGAGACCCUCCAUGACCUCUUCUCAGAGCUCUGCCUCUGCCUCUGCUCUCCAACUGAUCCUGGGAAGCCUGCAGAUGUGUCAGAGGAGCUGAAAUCAGCUGUGCUGAGGUGCCUGGAUGCCCUGAUUCAUGCUGCCUAUGGUGAUAUAGUCUUCAAACUCUUUGAACCAAUUAUGCUGCCUGGAUUGGGUGCUGCGAUAUCACUGCUGCUAGCUUUAGCAGAGAAAGAGCAAUCUCGCGAUAUCCAGGCAAAGGCCUUGAAGUGCCUCCAGGCUUUGACUCUGCACUGUGACUGUACUCAGGAGCAUGUGGUCCCAUCCUCAGAAGAGCAAUGUUCUGUAGGCAGCACCAUGGCUUCAUUCUUACCUGGGAUCACUACGGCUUCAACCCGGAUCAUUACAGGAGAUCUGAGACAAGGCCAUGCAGUCACUGUUAGAGCCAUCAAGGUUUGGUCCAGGACUGUGGGAAUUGUCAUGGAAGACACUCAGCUGCAGUCCAGAGACAGUUGGAAGACUCCGUCACCAGACCUGGGGAGGAUCGGACAGCUGAUGGUCCAUCGCACACCAGAUUGGGUAAAGGGCACAGCAACAAAACUGUCUGUGUUGCUGAAGAAGAUCAUCUCCUGCACCUCGGCUCACAGGCACUGGAGGGUUAGACUGGAGAUGGUGGAACUUGCUGACCACCUGCUGGCCAGGUGUAGUCAGACACUGGGAGAGUGUGUUCGAUUGCUACUGGAAGCCUUGGUGGGAGCGAUCAAUGAUGAGGAGCCCAGAGUCAGAGAGAGGUGUGAGGCUGCUCUCAACGAGGUAUCCCAGAGGAAUCAGAACUGCAGAAGUGAAGUUAACAGUGAAUGGAGCAGCGGCCAUCAGACCUUCACCGAUGUCUUGUCUGAGAAUCUCCACUCUUUGGCCACCUCCCUUCCCAGACUGAUGAGAACCUCUGAUGACCAGAAGAAGCUGUUUGUCCUCAAUGUGUUUCUGGGCUACCUAAAGGUCCUGGGGUCACUCGUCUCUGUGGUGCUCAACUCUGCUUCACAUCUGGAGAGGAUUUCCAAAGCCUUGAUGCAGGUGCUUGAGCUGGACGUGAUGGAUGUUCGCAUUGUGGAGGAAAGGUGUUACGCUGCUACCAUGGAAACCAGCCCAGACUCUCAUGAUUCUUACACUGCUCACAUACAGAGGAAACAUUUUCUCUACUUCACAGAUGCGAGGAUUUUCUCUGUGCUCAUGGAGAUCUGUAGAACGUUAGGUUACUACGGCAACAUUUACCUGCUGACAGAUCACUUCCUGGACUUGUACCGCCAGUCUUCAGCUUACAGAAAGCAGGCAGCCAUGGUGUUAAAUGAGAUCAUCAGAGGUGCUGCUGGCAUCGCUGUGGCAGCACAGCGUCAGGGUUUGGAGAAUCAGGAGCAGUCUGCCACCCAGGAAGAUCUUACAGCCGCAGCAGUCUCUGUCAUGGAGGAAUACAUCAGUCUGAGCAACUGGAACUUGAUUACUGUCAGUGAGGAGACAGAUAGAGACCAACAGGAUCAGCAGCUGCUCAACCUAUCCAGACCCCUCUCCAUAUCCUACGGUGAUGCCAGCAACUCCCUCCAAGUUAUUCCUCCUUCGUCUGGCUCCACCUGUCCUUCAUCAUCUACCUACACAGUCCACCAGCUCAACAGCAACAUCUGGCAGCUGUGCAUCCAACUCGAGGGCAUUGCCUGCUUUGCUCAGGCGCUGCGACAUGACUUCCGUCCCCUCUUGAUGACCUCACUGUACCCUGUGUUGGAGAAAGCCGGUGAGGAGACGCUGCUGGUCAGCCAGGCAGCGCUGAGCUCCAUGCUGGACAUCAGUAAGGCCUGUGGAUACCCCUCCUUGAAGGACCUGAUCAAUGAGAACUCGGACUACCUGCUCAAUUACAUAUCACUCAACCUGCAGAGGCUCAGCCAACAUCCACAGGCUCCACGGGUGUUGACAGUGAUGUUGACUCACUCUGACUGCAGCCUGCUGCCUCUGGUUGAGGACAUCGUUCAGGAUGUGCUGAUGGCUCUGGAUCUCAGCUACGAACACACAGCCGCUCUUUUCUGCUCAGUGCUGCACGCGCUCAUGAAGGCACUGGCAAGGUGGUUUCCCUCCACCAGCAGCAGGACCGGCAGCUGUUCCAGCUCCAAGCAGACCUCCGCUGAAGAGGAAGACCUCAACAUCCAUCAGUUCCUGCUGGAUUACCGCAAACAGAAAGAGCUGGCAGAGGGCAUUGGGAUAGAAGAGGACGACACAGAGGACCUUGAGGUCCCUCCUGCCACAGAGUGUGAAGACAUCGGAGAUAUUGAUGGUCCAGAUGUGAAAGCUGAACUUCCCUCCCACCUCAGCAUAGCUAAGGAUGUUAUGGAGCGCUGCAUUCAUUUGCUGUCAGACCCCAGCCUCAGGAUCAGACUCAAGGCCCUGGAUGUUCUGGAGUUGAGUAUAUCUGCACUGAGUGAGAGGGAGAAUGAGCUGCUGCCUCUGUCUCACCGCUGCUGGCCAGCCCUCCUACAGAGACUCACAGCUGAUGACCCGCUAGCUGUCCUCAGAGCCUUCAGGGUGCUGUGUAUGCUGGGUGAAACGUGUGGUGACUUCAUGAGGAGGAGGGUUUCUAAAGAGGUUCUACCCAAACUGAGUGCCUCUCUGGUACGGCAGGCUCCCAUCAGCGCCAAGGCCAAGCCCAUCUACACUCACACCAUGGCCUACAAACUGCAGCUGGCUGUACUGCAGGGGCUGGGCUCGCUGUGCCAGAGGCUGGAUCUCGGUGAAGCCGACUUGGAUGCUGUUUGUGAAGCCUGUCUGCCCUACCUCAGCUGCAGACAGCCCAGCAGACUGCAGGAGGCCUGUCGAAGCGUUUUCCGACAUUUAGUCCAGGUGGACCCGGAUGCCUUCUGGUUUACUCUAAAUGAGCUGCACUGCCCAUCCUCCUACAUCCCACCUCACCCCGACCUCCACGCCGUCCAGUUGAACGGGAUGGGCAGGCUGAGAGACGAGUGCUCGGACAAUGUGCUCAAACUGCUGAGGGAAGAGUUUGGCCCAAUCACUGAGACAAUUAACCAGCCAAUCAGCUAAUGAGCUGGUGAUCGAUGCAACUAACUCAUCUCUCAGAGGAACAGCUCAUUGAACCACUGACUGCAACAGCUCCGACUCACUGAAAGAAAAUCUGAUAACCGUGCUGAAAAUCAGCCAUCAGAUAUGCUCAUGAUAAUCCUCAUAGUGCACGCAGGUCUGAUGAGCAGCAAGGUGGAAAAGGAAGAUGAUAUUAGAACAUCUGUGCUGCAGAAACCAGGAACAAACCUGACAGGACUUCCACAUUGGACACAUGCAGUGACAAUGCUGAUGCUUUCCAUAUCAUGUGUUUCACAGAUAUAUAUACUGUGAGCGAAAGUGUUAAAUUUCCUAUGUCUAUGUAUGAUAGUUCUUUAUUAUCUGAAGAAAUACUUUCUUCUAAACUACCUUGCUUUGUAACAAUCAGUGUUUCAGAGUGUUUCUGAACACAGAAUAUGUUGGCCUUGAAAAUACAUGUUUUUUUGUGGAUUCUCCAAUAAUUCAGAAAUAGCUCUGUUAUGCAUAAUGCUGAUGUCAAAGCAGCCCCUGAAAAAGCACUGAGUUUUGACCCUCAGACUUUUCUGUUACUGACUAAAAUGUGUUCACAGCACAUAAUAUUGAAAAGCUUGUCUGUCCAGACUGGCAAUGUUUCGAAGUCAAACUUGAAGAGAUAUUUCCAGGAAAGACGUUCAUAUUUUCUAAAGUGCAGUAACAAAACUUUUUGCUUUUGCAUCCAUUCAGAUGGAAACUGAAGUAUUUCUUUACCUGAAUAGUAAAAAAAAAAAAAAAAAAGCUCAAAUUGACAUUUCCUUCUUAUUAGGAAAUUCUACAUUUAGUCCGUGAUGUGUACAGUGGUUUUACAAAGGUACUUUCCCAAAAGGCUUCUGUCUCUAGUUCAACAUCUCUCAAGCACAUCUGGCCUCAAGAUUUUUUUUAAAACCCUGUCUGGUAAAUCAAGUUUUCAAGGUUUUACUACAUGUAUAUGUCCAUAUGGUGUUUGUUUUUUUACAUACAAGAAGUCACAUCAUGAGUGAAAUAAGUAGUCAGCACCAUGUCUGAGCAUUUCCACCUUAAAACUGCACCAUGAUGACGACAAAAACACAGAUUCAGGAAGCUGGAUUUUCAUUCUGGUUUCAACCUGUAUGGCUGACUUACUUCAAUAGAAAGAAAAUACUGGUUUACAGUGCUUGAGCCGAAUUGCGAUGAGCUGCUGUGCUUGAGCUACAGCAAGUGGGGAGGAGUGAAUGGAGGGAAAGGUAGGGACUUCUGCAAAGAGGAAAACACAAUGUACAGUUACAGCUAAGCCAUUUUAACGCAGUACGAUUGUUUUCUUGGGAGAAAACUUACUUUUUAUAGAUGUCGAAAUUUACUGAUGACCGGAGAGGCCAUCAGAGCGACAGCACUGUAUUUUUCUUAUUUUCAACAAAUCACGUGAAAAGACUGAGACUCGAGAUCUAACUGCCAUCCAAAGCAGUUUCAAACUGCUUUUUUCGAAUAUUAUUUUUGAUGCACACUCCUACAAAAUCACCAGUCAUUCUAGAAUGAUUGAGGUGAAAAAUACGCAGUGGCUUGGUGGUUAGCACUUUCGCCUUGCAGCUAGAAGAUCCCUGGUUCGUGUCCCGGCCUUCCUGGGAUCUUUCUGCAUGGAGUUUCCAUGUUCUCCCUGUGCAUGUGUGGGUUUUCUUGAAGUACUCCGGCUUCCUCCCACAGUCCAAAAACAUGCUGAGGUUAAUCGAUGAUUCUAAAUUGAUCGUAGGUGUGAAUGUGAGUGUGAUUGUCUGUAUAUGUAUGUAUAGAUGAUGGAUGGAUGGAUGUAAGCUAUGUUUCCCACUUUAUUGCUUAAUCACCCAUAAAGACACUACUCUGCAAUUAAGCAGUAAGUACUCGGUAAGGUACGACCCAAAAAUCUUCUUUCCUUCUACCUGUUAUUCCAAGCUUAGUAUUCCCAUUGUAUUAUUUUUUUUUAUUUAAAGCUGUAUGCACUAAUUAAUACACUGGCUUUUGUGGAGUUGCAGCUGUUAAUGAAGGUUAUCCUCUUUACAAUGAAA